GCGGUGGGGCUGGUGACUCCUGUUGCCUCGUUACAGCGGCCGGACGCGCUCCAUCCGCCGGCCGCCCCGCAGGAAUAUAGAGAGCCGAGGACAGCCUUGAGAUCUUGUGAAUGGAAGACCUCUUUUGCCUCUCUGUUCCUGUCAGAAUGGCCUAGGCCACACUUCUGCUCUAUGGUUCCUACCAGAGGACCUCUACAGCGAUGUAUCAGGAUUUUGCUGCCAGUGCUAGUCAACCAUCCAGAUGGCUGUAAACUUGCAGAAGAGAUACAGAACGUGAUCUUUCAAACUGGAUUAAAGCAACCUGUUGAUAUUUUUAUUUAUACUCUUCAAUUUUUGUACUUGACUUAAAGUGCCAUGAAAAAAAUUGCAUAUUGCAAGGUGGUUCUUGCCACCUCUUUGGUUUGGGUCCUUCUGGAUAUGUUUCUAUUGCUGUACUUCAGUGAAUGCAACAAAUGUGAUGAGAAGAAAGAACGAGGCCUGCCUGCUGGAGAUGUUCCAGAACCUAUACAAAAACCACAUGAAGGACCUGGAGAGAUGGGGAAGCCUGUGGUCAUUCCAAAAGAGGAGCAAGAAAAAAUGAAAGAAAUGUUUAAAAUCAAUCAGUUUAAUUUAAUGGCAAGUGAAAUGAUUGCACUCAACAGAUCUUUACCUGAUGUCAGGUUAGAAGGAUGUAAAACAAAGCUGUAUGCAGACAACCUUCCCACUACAAGCGUCGUCAUUGUUUUUCACAAUGAGGCUUGGAGCACACUUCUGCGAACAGUUCACAGUGUGAUAAAUCGCUCCCCACGACACAUGCUGGAGGAAAUCGUCCUUGUUGAUGAUGCCAGUGAAAGAGACUUCUUGAAAAGACCACUGGAGAACUAUGUGAAAAAAUUGAAAGUACCUGUUCAUGUGAUUCGAAUGGAACAGCGUUCUGGAUUGAUUAGAGCGAGAUUAAAGGGAGCUGCUGCUUCUAAAGGCCAGGUCAUCACCUUCUUAGAUGCUCAUUGUGAAUGUACAGUAGGCUGGCUUGAACCACUGCUGGCAAGGAUCAAAGCUGACAGGAGGACAGUGGUGUGUCCAAUCAUUGAUGUAAUUAGUGAUGACACCUUCGAGUAUAUGGCAGGCUCUGACAUGACCUAUGGGGGAUUCAACUGGAAGCUGAAUUUUCGCUGGUAUCCUGUUCCUCAGAGAGAGAUGGAUCGACGGAAAGGAGAUCGAACUCUCCCUGUUAGGACACCUACAAUGGCAGGAGGUCUUUUUUCAAUAGACAGAGAUUACUUUCAGGAAAUUGGAACUUAUGAUGCUGGAAUGGAUAUUUGGGGUGGAGAAAAUUUGGAAAUUUCUUUCAGGAUCUGGCAGUGUGGUGGCACUUUGGAAAUUGUGACUUGUUCACACGUUGGGCAUGUGUUCAGAAAAGCAACACCCUACACUUUUCCAGGAGGUACAGGACAGAUAAUCAACAAAAACAACAGGAGGCUUGCGGAAGUUUGGAUGGAUGAAUUUAAAAACUUCUUUUACAUCAUUUCCCCAGGAGUUACUAAGGUUGAUUAUGGGGACAUAUCCUCACGACUUGGACUAAGACGCAAGCUCCAGUGCAAGCCUUUCUCCUGGUACCUGGAGAAUGUUUAUCCUGAUUCCCAAAUUCCACGCCAUUACUUUUCUCUGGGAGAGAUAAGAAAUGUGGAGACAAAUCAAUGUCUGGAUAACAUGGCAAGAAAAGAAAAUGAGAAAGUUGGAAUCUUUAACUGCCAUGGAAUGGGUGGCAAUCAGGUCUUCUCAUACACUGCCAACAAAGAAAUUCGAACAGACGAUUUGUGUUUAGAUGUGUCCAAACUCAAUGGCCCAGUAACCAUGCUCAAGUGCCAUCACCUAAAAGGAAACCAGCUUUGGGAAUAUGAUCCAGUGAAAUUAACCCUGUUGCAUGUGAACAGUAACCAGUGCCUGGACAAAGCCACCGAAGAGGACAGCCAGGUGCCGAGCAUCAGAGACUGCAACGGCAGCCGCUCCCAGCAGUGGCUGCUUCGCAAUGUCACCCUUCCAGAGAUAUUCUGAGAGGCUCUAACGAAAAGCAAGGACUGUCUGGGCUACCUCGGCUGCUACUUUGGCUACACUGUUAUGUAGCAACAGUAGAAACUUCUGCUCAGCAGAAUCCACAGUUUGUCAGCUGUUAGAACUCCUGCAGCUUCUCAGUGGCUGUGAACCUGCCUUCCGGAAAAAAAGGAUGUGGAACUGUCACACGUGCUAGUGAAACUGCACCACCUGAUGUUUACAAGGUCAACGAAGUUUCUUCCAGCAAGUAAUUUAGACAACAUUUGGACAGCAGAAACAUAAUCAAUGAAAUAGUCUCUCUGAAGAGCUGCAUAUCACUGUAGUUUGCUUGCACAUCAGUAACCUCUGCUGAAAGUGCUUUUGUAAUGAAGAAAGUUCUGAGAUUUUUUUUUCCUGGUUAGAAGUGGUAACUGCUAGAUCCACAAAGAAAUGAAAGAGAGCUGGAGAACAGAUUCUGGAAUAUGGAAUAAGAGUUCUUUGGUUUAAAAACAAAGUAAACAGGGUUUAAUGGGAAUUAAAUCAGAGCUAUGAGAAGUACAAUUUGUUAUAGUGAAGUAUCAAAUUUAUAUGUAGAUUUUAUACCUCAUUGGGGGAAAUAACUAAGUCAAAAGGCAAUUGUUUCUCUCUUUCAAUUGUGUAAUAGGCUAUAAAUACUUUUUUCUGAUGAGUCUAAAGUUAUUCUGGGCACAAACCAAAUGAGCAUAAGAAUAAACAUGGCUCUUGAAUGUCAGAUCAACUUUUUUCUUAUUAUAUUUUUCUGUUUUAAUUUCUUGGCUGUUGGAGUUGUAUCUUUUUAUUGCUGUCUGAAAUGUGGAGGCUAAGAUGUUGUCUAGUUUCUUUUCUUUCUUCUGUUUCGACCAGACCUGCCAUCAUUUCAAUUUAUACUUGGGUCAGUCACCUUAUGGACUUUCCUGGCCAAACAAAAGAUUUCAGUAGACUUCAAAAUUAACUUGAAAGUAUACACUUAGCACCCAAGCCUCAGACUACCAUACUAUGGUUUCAUUUUCAUAGCAAUAAACCUUGCAUUCUUUGUUUGAUGUCUGUCAUCAGAAAGCCUGAAGAAAUGAUCCAUGAUCAGGGUAGCAGGAGGCUGUCAAAACCAAAGGUUUUCUGAAAUCCUUUUUCACUUCAUGCUGAGAUGGGCUUCAUUGUUAAGUGAGUAUUUAGAGUAGACUCUGAAUAGUAAUGUUGAUCUGCUGGGGUUUUUUUUUCCUAAUAAAACCUAAAGAAAAACAGCUGAAUUGGCAUGGGUUUUACAGUUAACAUAGCCAAAACCAGUAUGACUGUUUUAUUACAUUGAUCUAUAUUUUUAAACUCAUUUUCUCUGUUUUGUUAAGAAAAAUCCCUGGGGGCUGAUCUUGCAAAUGAGCCACUGAAUGCUCAGAGUAUACACUGAAUUUUCCUUUGGAAAGAAAAAUGAAAUCUGCUUAGUGGAGAGGAUAUUUUUAUGGAAAAUGUCAUUGUUUGGCCAACUGUCCCUGUAAAGCAAAUUAAAUCUAGACUCAUGCAAAA